CCGCCAACGAAAUAUUUGGGGCCAGUGCUUCACCUCCAGGCAACACCUCCGUUCAUCCUGCACGAACAACCACUCGUCAUCGCGUCAUCGCAUAAACUCGCCCGCAAUGUCGACCGUCGCGGACGAGCUGCUCAACGACUUUGGCAGCUCUGGAGAUGAGGCGGAAGAGGCAAACGAUGGCCUUGUCCACCGCGAAAAUGACGAGCAAGAUGCCGACGAGCAGCGCAACGGGGACGCCAUGGAGGUCGACGGCGUCAAUAGGGACGGCGCGAACGGCGAGGACGACAAGGACAUCCAGGACCUAGAGGAUGCGGAGGCGACCAAGGCUAGAGUCGAGAAGAUGCAGCUUGCUGGCGUCAAAGACGUCCGCAGCGUCGCCAGCCUCAUGCACACGUUGGAGCCGGUUCUCGAGACCUAACAUCGUGUCCUCGACGCUACAGAAAAUCGCCUAUUAUCGAGGCAGAUCCGAGUCGGAGACGUCGGUCGUCGGCAACAUCGAAGACCACCCCGAGUAUAGCCUCCUCACCCAGUCCAACAGUUUGUCGACCAUGAUCGACGGUGAGGUCGCAUUGGUGCACAAAUUCAUCCGCGACCACUACUCGACACGAUUCCCUGAGCUUGAGCGUCUCGUCACCACGCCGCUCGAAUAUGCCAAGGUCGUCUCCAUCAUCGGCAACGGACCGAUGGACUCGGAAAGCAUCAAGUCCCUACAGACUUCCACCAACAACCCCCUUGGCGUGGGCCUCAAGGCUGUCCUCGACGGGCCAUCACUCAUGAUUGUCACCGUGGAGGCAACGACGUCCAAGGGCCACGAGAUGAGCGACGAGGAGCUGCUCCGCGUGCGUCAAGCCUGCGACAUGGCCAUUGCUCUGCACAAGGCCAAGAACACCCUGAUGGAAUACGUGCAGUCCCGGAUGACGAUAUUUGCGCCGAACCUGACGACGCUCAUCGGUUCUCUCACAGCGGCACAGCUCCUAAACGCGGCAGGCGGCCUGACGGGUCUGUCCAAGACGCCUGCGUGCAACAUACCUUCCUGGGGUUCCAAGAAGCGCCAAGCCGGUCUGGCCACCAAUAUCGGUGUUCGGCAGCAGGGCUAUCUGUACCACUCGGAGAUGAUCCAGCACAUUCCCAACGACUUGAAGAAGCAGGCCAUGAGAAUCGUGGCGGCGAAACUGGUACUGGCUGCGCGGGUCGACAGAAUCCACUCGAGCCCCGACGGGAAGACGGGAGACGACCUCAAGUCGGCGUGCCUGGAGCGACUGGAGAAGCUCACGGAGCCUCCGCCAAACAAAGGUGGCCGAGCCCUCCCCGUGCCAGACGACAAGCCCGCUCGGAAGCGUGGCGGCCGCAGGGCACGAAAGGCCAAGGAGGCACUGGCAAUGACGGAUCUGCGCAAGGCCCAGAACCGCAUGGCCUUUGGCAAGGAGGAGAAGGAGGUGGGCUACGGCACCGGCGAGGGGACCGUGGGCAUGGGCAUGAUCGGGCAGCAGAACGACGGCCGGAUUCGGGCGCUGCAAGUCGAUAACCGAACGAGGGCCAAGCUCAGCGCGAAGAACAAGGGAUGGGGCACGGGCAGCUCGGUGGGCUCCGCGUCCAACAUCGGGGCGUUUGGCCCGUCGGGCGGCAUCGACCUGGCCGGCAAGGGCCUUCGCUCGUCGGGCGUCGGCAGCAGCGUGGGCGGAGCCGCAUCGUCUCUCACGUUCACGCCGGUGCAGGGCCUGGAGCUGGUCGACCCCAAGAUGCAGGCAGAGCUCAGCCGCAAGCGCAAGGCGGAGGAGGAUCGCUGGUUCAAGGGCGGCUCGUUCACGCAGGUCGGAGGCGGCUCAGGUCCGGGCGCCAACGGAGGCUUCAAGGUGCCCGCCCUGCCGGCCGCGAAGCGCGUCGACACCGGCGCGACCAAGAUGGCGCCGCCGCCGCCGCCGCCGAGUCGGCAAUAGUGAUCGAGCCCCUGAGGACCACAUCCAUCCGACACGAGACGCGCGGCGCUUGCGGGAGGAGGAAGCACCGAGUCUGGCGACAACGACCAACUGCGGCGCGACGAUACCUUGGUAGGCCGGUCGAGAGUCGGCGACGCCUUAUUUUGCUACUAUUAGAUGACGCGGCGAAGGAGGCGUUUUGGGGCAUGGCGGGCAGGCCGGAGAGCAGACAGCCCUUCCCUGCUUUCGGUUGUUUUUUUUGGUUUUUUUUUUUUUUUUUGCUAAACAGGAUGUAUGUA